AAUACCAUCAAGAUCCUCAUCGCCACAGAUAACCACGUAGGAUAUGAGGAGCGCGACCCUAUCCGUAAAGAUGACAGCUGGAAGACAUUCGACGAGAUCCUCCAGAUCGCCGUGAAGAGAGAGGUCGAUAUGGUUCUCCUCGGCGGUGAUCUCUUUCAUGAGAACAAGCCGUCUCGCAAGUCCAUGUAUCAGGUCAUGCGGUCACUACGCAAGCACUGCCUGGGCGACAGACCUUGCCAGUUGGAGUUCCUUAGCGACGCCAAUGAGGUCUUCGAGGGAGCUUUCCCUCACGUCAACUAUGAGGACCCAGACAUCAACAUCUCCUUGCCAGUAUUCUCCAUCCACGGAAAUCAUGAUGACCCUGGUGGUGAUGGCCACUACUGCUCUCUGGACCUGCUGCAGGUUGCUGGCCUUGUCAACUACUUUGGUCGUGUUCCAGAGGCUGACAAUAUCCACGUCAAACCCGUUCUGCUCCAGAAGGGGGACACCAAGUUGGCCUUGUACGGAAUCAGCAACGUACGGGAUGAGCGACUUUUCCGCACUUUCCGGGACAAGAAGGUGACUUUCUACAAACCACCCGACGAUGCUGGCGAGUUCUUCAACAUCUUGACUGUUCACCAAAAUCACACCCCGCACACGAGUACAAACUUCCUGCCGGAGCCUGUGCUACCAAAUUGGAUGAACCUCGUCGUAUGGGGCCACGAGCAUGACUGCCAGAUUGAGCCGACGCAGAACCCCGAGACAGGGUUCUUUGUCAUGCAGCCGGGCUCCUCUGUCGCGACGUCUCUCAUACCUGGAGAGGCCGAGACCAAGCAGGUUGCCAUCGUCAAGGUCACUGGCGAUUCCUUCCAGUCCGAAGCAGUGCCUCUCAAGACCGUUCGUCCAUUCGCCCACAAGGAAAUCAUUUUGAAGAGCGACCCGGCCUUCAAGAAGCUGCAGUUCAAGAAGGACAACCGGAAACCUGUCACGGAGAAGUUGAUUGAGGUUGUUCGCGAGCUCAUUGAGGAGGCAGAUGCGGGCUGGCUCAGCAUGCAGGAUGACCCGGACAGGAUCAAGAAGGAGGAUCGGCCGCUACCACUCAUCCGCCUCAAGGUGGAAUAUAGCGCCGACGAGGGCGGCACAUUCGAUGUCGAGAACCCACAGCGCUUUUCCAACCGCUUCGUGGGGCAGGUUGCAAACGUCAACGACGUGGUAUCAUUCUACCGCAAGAAAUCGAAUCCGAGUGAGUCACUGCCGUCCCGCAAUGACAGGAACGAAGACAUUAUCAGAAUCGACGUGCUCGUGCGGGAGUUCCUCCAGAGCAGCUCCCUAAAGGUCUUGCCGCAGAACCACUUUGAAGAUGCCGUCCUCGAGUACAUCGACAAGGGAAGCAAGGAUGCUGUGGACGAUUUCGUCAACGAGACUCUCGCCAAGUCUCUAAACUACCUUGUCAAGGUGGACGACACGCAGCUGAACAAGAAUAUGGAGGCCAUCAUCGAACGGUGCAAGGAGGCGCUACAGAAGCGAUGGGCAGACUCGUCAAGUGGGAAGUGGACGCAGAAGAGGCGACUCAAACCCCGGCCACAAGACUACGACUCGGAUGUUGAUGGGCCUUGG